UCAUGUUAUCACUAUUCCAAAUUUCUCAAAAUUUUUCACUGUGUCACUGUUCGACUUCUCUGAUCUUUCUACCAAAAUAUAGGUAUUAUUAGUUAUGACUUUAUAGUAUAGGAUUUUACUCCAACUUACUAAAUUAGUCUAACUUCCAUUUUAAACCUAUUUUAUCCGCAUAGGAACCGCUAUCCAUCCGGUAUUCGACCGGAUUAUAUGUUUGUAUUAUUUUUCUAGUAGUUUCGUUGAAAUUGAUCGCUUCCGUGUUUUUUUUUUUGGAUUUUUAUACUGCUGAGAAAGUUACCGGAUAAUCAUGAACGACCAUGAACUUGAACUCAAUAAUAUUAUACAAAGGUCUACACAAUUGUUACAAAAUAUCCAGACUGGUUCUGUAGGACCGGGUAGGGUGGCUCCACCUAUGACAGCAACUCCAAUAUCAAGUCAUACUUCAAUAACAAGUCCUAAUCAUCAUCUCAACUUGAGUGGAUCAAGAAUCCAGAGAAGACCUAUGUCAACACAAUAUAGUAUUCCUAAUAAUAUAAAUACUUACAGUGGUGCGUACAAUAAUUACCCAUAUAGAGGUAUGGCAAACAUGAACAUGGGUGCAUUCAAUCCUUACAGUGCAUAUGGGCAACCAACAAACAGUCAAUUUCAUAAUCCGAUUGUAAUUGCAGCAGCUGAAAAUUCUCGUCCUGCUUUUGAAUCAAUACAGUCUGUUGUUCAAUCAUUUAACUCGGUCAGUAUGAUGUUAGAGUCUACAUUCACCGCAAUGCAGAUGUCUUUUCAAGCGUUAUUAGGUGUAGCCGAGAAUUUUACUCGUCUAAGAAUGUUUAUGAUGAAAUUGUAUUCAACUAUUGUGUCAUUCAAAUUAGCUCGUUGGUUUUUAACUAAACUUUUUUAUCUAUUAAAAAUGGUGAGAGGAGAUAGAGGAUCGAAUACCGAAGAAGACUUGUGGACAGCUUUAUCAUCUGCAGAUAAUCACAAAGAAAUGAUUUCCUCUGAUGGACGAUCUUGGCCAUUAGUAGUUUUUACUGGACUUUUAGUUACUACACCAUAUCUUGUAUACAAAUUACUCAAUUCAGUAACACCAGAAUCUGUCCCUAGUGCCAAUAACACUCUACCUUCAAACAUGAGCAUUGCUACUGCGCAGUGUGAUUGGAGUAGUACAGAUCCAAAAACUAUUCCGUUGGUGAAAGGAAAAUCUUAUUUGACAUCUCAAGAAAAUAUAGCAUCUGCCAGAGAAACUGGAUGGCUCCUUGUCGAUAACUUUGAUAGGAAACAAGGAUAUGUACCUUUAGUUGCUUUUAAGGCACGCAAAACUGAUAAUCGCUCAUAUGAUGCUCUGAUACAAGAUAUACCCAAUGUAAGUUCCUAUCCUGUACCAUCAAAUUCAAUUCAUGAACAAAUGCAACCAAAACCGUCAACUCCAGUCACUGAUGUACAUGGUAACCCAAUAGCUCUACCUCAUCCAUUGGUAGAUUGUGAUAAAUCCAACAUUGAUAGGCAGUGAUUGUAAAAAAAUAUUUUUAUUACUAGUUAUAUAUUUGUUAUGUGUUCUCUUACAUGUAAUCAAAACAAUUAAUAUAAAAACUGAUCAAAUAUUAGGCAUUUGCAGGCUAUAAAUGUAGACAUAAAAUUUAUAUGAACAGUACUUAUUUAAUUUAUUUUAAGAUUUUACUAUCGUUAUCAUGUCUGAAACAUACAAAACUCAACAAUAUUAUAAAUUUGUUACCAUCAUAUUUGGUAAGGUUCCACAUUAUACUUGUAAAUAUUUUUUUUUUUUACAUUCAUUCCAUAGUUAUUUUUUAUGGACAUAGAUCAAUAUUGUAUUAAUUAAAUAAGACUCGUUUUAACUUUAAAACGUAAAUAUUGUAAUUUUUUUUAGGUAUAAAGAAAUGUUUGUUAGUAAAUUUUAUUCUUAUACAUUAUAUCUAAAUAUAUCAACAUUUUAAAAGA